AUGAUUAGCUUCAUGCACAUAGCAAAGAAUGUGAAAGUAACAGAAUUAAGUUUGUAUGAAGAUGCAAUACUUGAUGCGUGUUGCCAUAACAUUCCUGCAGAUGAUGAGUUAUGGUAUCGUGUUGUUGAGGUAUCAGUGCUGCUGUUGACUUGCACUCAGAGAAGCAAUCCACGUAGCCCUUGGUACGACCGUGUGCUUUCUGAGAUGCUGGGCCACCUGGAACGGCAACCACUAAACAAAGAACGUCGUGUUGCAUGGCUUACCCUUAUCGGGCCGGUUUUCGAUUCUAUGGGACUCUUCCUAUUGGCACAUUUUCGUCUCCUGUUCUCUCUCUUUUUCCAAUGGAUACAUGCUGAUGAUGAUAGAACAGUUCUUCUGGUUUUAGAACGAAUUCAUACAGUUAUUAAGCUUACCUGGAUCAGGAAGUCACCCUACACUUCAAGGCUGGUGAAUGAGCUUGUUCUUUUGUAUAAAGAGUCAGCCACACGAAAGAGCCGUGAGAUGAUGAGAAAUCACAUAGUGGAAAUACUCAUGCUACUCCAGAAAUGCAAGGGGCAGCAGUUUGAGGAAGCUUGGAAGAAGCAUGAAGCUGAUCUGGAUUUGACAUUGCUGCUAUCCCGUUUCAAAGAACUUUGCACUGAAGAUGGUUCACCAGAAACUGGUAUUCUCAAUGUAGAUAGUUGUUUAGCAUAG